UUAAUAUUGUAGUUGUGUGCAGCAGGAGACGCGUCGUUUACCUCGAGCUCAAUUUUACAAUAAUGCUCUCGUUCAGGUAAAACUAAGUUAUAUUUUCUUUUGUUCGGGCUAUCUAGUGGUUACCAGAAAAGAUAUUCGCUGGCUCAUAAAUAAGAAAGAGAUUUCGUUAGUGUUGAAAUGCUGCUGCCAAAACACGUCUCUGUCUUUUGCCCAUGCCCUUGACAGCGACUGCCAAUGCGCCAUCGGAACGGAUUCGGGUUAAAAUGCCAAAGAGAUCUGCGGCUAUUCCCAAGCGUCGGACGCGAGGAGCGAUGAACCAGCCAGUGCUUGGGACAAGCGAUCGCAUCGAUUUGAAACCGGAAGAGGAACAGGAUAAUAUUCUCAGUAUGGACGGAGACGAAUUUGCCGAUCUGACGGGGUAUGACUAUGUGAUGAGUCUCGACUCGAGUCCAGAUGGCAGCUGCGUGGAAGUUAGCUGCAUCACCAUCGACCCCACCACUAACGCGACAGCCACGGCAGCUGGUACCUCGUCCAGGGACACCACUACCACUUGCAGAAAACGACUAGAGAGAUUUUUGGAGCAGCGACAGCUGAUCAAGGCGGUGCGCAAACGACGAGUCCUCUAUGAUAGCAAGAGUGCGCGCUUCCAGGACAGGGACUUCAAGAAUGAUGUGUGGCGUAGCAUUGCCAGACGCCUAUCCAUGGAGGUGGAAGACUGCGUUGAUAUGUGGACCGAGCUGCGCUUCAAAUUCCAGUGCCAUAAGCGUGACAUGUACAACUAUAAGCGGAAAAUUGUCCAGCGUCGUCCGCCCGGCAGCCGCCCCUUUAUGUUGCACGAGGAGGAGAUGCUGUUCCUGUACCCGCACGUGACCAGCGAUCCGUUGCAGCGGAAGCAGAGCGUAGCCGAGUCUGUCAGCGCUCCAGAGACUGAGUGCGCUGUUUUGCCGGUGGAUACCGCACAGCCAGUGACCAUUAUCGAUUUGGAUCUGGACGGAGACAGUUACCGGAUAACGCGCGAUAUACGUCAGCUAAUCCGUGCCGUAAAGUCCUAUCCCCAACUGUACGAUACGGCCCAUUCCAGCUAUAACGAUUACCGCCAUCGCGGCCUCAUCUGGGGCGCCAUAUCCAAUGAGCUGCGGGAAAAGGCCACCAAACUGAUGAAAUCCUGGCUCGUGCUGCAGACGCGCUACGAGUGGGAGGUGAACCAAGGCCCUGACGAAGCCUCCGAGCUGAUGAAAUUGAUGAUUUUCUUAAUACCACACGUGCCCCAGAUGAAAGAUUCGGUGUACAAGACUUCUCAGUACCUGGCAACCGCCUGGCACGAUCCCAUCGAGCAGUUUCGCAGUGUGAUGUCUCUGAUCAAUAUGCUGAAGAGCAAUCCAGAGCUGGUCCAGCUCACCGAUGAGUAUUUGCACCACAAGGCAAAGCCGGUGGCAUAUCACGAGCUCUGGCAGAAGGUCGCUUACCAGGUGGUGAGCACACCCCAAAGCUGUGAGGUCACCUGGCUGGUGUUGCGCUCCUUUCACAGCGAACUGGUUGAGAUGCGGCUGGCCGGCUAUAAGCUGCAGGAUAAAUGGUUCUUCGAGAGUACCAUCACCACGAUAUACAGGACGGUUGUGGAGCGCGCCGUGAACCGCGAGGGCCAGAAGAAGAACAUUGGCCUCGAUCCGAAUAUGCGAUCGCCCAUGGCCACUGUUGCCCUGCUGGACAGUAUGACGGACGAUACACAAAAAUCACAAAAGCCAGCACCACGUAUGCCGCUGGCUAUUGUCUAUCCGUCCGCUGCUGUAAAAGCCGUCUUUCAUACUCCAACCCAAACCAUUGGCUCCAGUAGCAGCAGCAGCAGCAGCACCACCACUAAAACCCCUACAAACCUAAGCAUCAGCUCAGUCAGCAGCAGUAGCAGCAGCAGCAGCAGCAGCAGCAGCACCACCACCACUAAAACCCCUACAAACCUAAGCAUCAGCUCAGUCAGCAGCAGUAGCAGCAGCAGCAGCAGCAGCACCACCACUAAAACCCCUACAAACCUAAGCAUCAGCUUAGUCAGCAGCAGUAUCAGCAGCAGCAGCAGCAGCAGCGCCAUCACCACCACCAGCACCACCACAAUGGCCACAGCCUCUAUAGCCACAAGUUCAGUGAGCACUUCCUGCCCCCCAAGCACCGGGAAUGAUGGCUUGAAGUGCAUGAACGUCUCGAAAACGAGGGUGUCCAUUCCGUCGGUUAAGAUGCCACCAAGGACUGUACCGGCUGUACAGGAUGGGAGUCCAGGGCCUAAAGUACUUGUGGUUCGUUGCAGUCUGCCGAUGCCGUCUCAAGCACCCGGAUAUGGGAUACGACCUGGACCUGCUCCUCCUGCUUCCCCUGCUCCUGCUCCUCCUGCUUCCCCUGCUCCUGCUCCUGCUCCUGCUCCUGCUCCUCCUGCUUCCCCUGCUCCUGCUCCUUCUCCUGCUGCUGCUCCUCCUCCUGCUGCCAUUAGCUUACCAUUAACAAAUCCGGCUGAUGUUGCCGGUCCAGCAAAAAAUGGAAAAAGUACAGGUACCCUGACAGCGACGACAUCGAUUAGUCCAAAAAAAGAAGCAGCAGCUUCAAGCGGAGCCUUGAAAAGAAAGCGACCGUUGACCAGUGGCAAUUACAGCAGCAGCAUCGAUAGUAUUGGCAGCCAGUCCUCGGCCAGCGAAAACGAAACGGAAACCGCAUCGGAGUCGAAUGAUGUGCAAUUGCCGGCAAUAGCAAACACCCGGCUGCAAAUGCAGAUCAUUAGCAACAUUAAAGUGGAGUUUGUGGAGGAUUCGGUAGAUGGCCACUCGCUGAAUAUUUAUGGCGGGGCCCUGACCAACCGCUACACACUGAAUAUGGCGCGUGUGGGCGCACUUAUUCGAGAGGUGAUGGGAAUACCGAUCCUGCACAGCAGCCAUCCGAAGUUGGCGAACAAGAAAUCCGAAUUUUGGGGCAGUGUGGCCAGGAAAUUCUCCAUGCCAGCCGAUGCCUGUCGCGCCAUUUGGAAAUUCCUGAGCGAAAACAUCAGCCUGUUCCCGGUGAUCGCGCCCAUGCCGAAGCUGAUGGGCUCCCACAAGGGCUACAACAAGAAUUGGGAGAAAUCCGAUCGCCUAUUCAGAAAAUUCGAAGAGGUUGCCCGCAAGAAUGAAUGGCGUAAGGUCAAGGACCAGCUGCCCCUACUCAUGAUGCACUUCCGCAUGUACGAGCAUCUGUACUUGGACAUGCGUAGGCCGCGGCCCGGCGAGACGCCUCAGCCGCCACGCGAAUACACCCAAGAGGAGCGCGACGAUGUAUGGCGGGUGGCCAAGACAAGGUUUCCCCAGAUCAAUCAUCAGGAAGUCUGGUCCACAUUUAAGUAUGCCUUUCGCAAUUACAUGGACGACCUGGAGAUAGGCAUUGAGAAUCCAUGGCCACGCCUGUGGUGGACGGCUUUCGAUCAGCUCAGAUUCCUUGUGAAUGUACGCUAUCAUCCGCUGGAGCCGUACUACUAUAUAAUCCACAACAAGAUCAGGGAGGAGGUGAAGCGUUGCAGUAUUUAUGAAAAGAUGAUAGCACAGCCCUUGCAGUCCAAGUUUUCGGCGCACAUUGACUGGGAGACAUUGCCCUGGGAUACCGAAGAGGCCAAGCGUUUGCUGACGGGUAAACUGAGAGUGGAAAAAGUCUUGCCCGAAAAUUCUGCUCCAGCUCCAGCUGCGCCUCCUGGUUCACCCCGGUCGCUUCUUCUUCCUCGUCCGACUCCCAAAGUAUUUGACGACACGACAAUGCCUGAUGUUAAAAUCAAUGGGCUGCAGCAGUUGGCCACGGCAGUCCAUACUUCGCCAAAAUUGAAACGUGUAACGGAGCGACACCUGCCGAUGAUAUCAGCCUUUGAGGUGACCAGUACUCUGCGGCGAUGUCCCAACACCUACCGCCAAGCCACCACCUUCGAGAAGCGCACUGCCUGGAUGCAAGCCUCCACAGAACUGAAUGCCACAGUGACUGAUUGCCGCUUGAGCUUUCAGCACGCGCUACGCGAAUCGCUUAUCCUGAAAAUCACUGAUCCACACAAGCAGUGCCAGAUGGGGCAGAACUAUUAUCGCCACAUGAAUGAGAUCUACAAGGAGGUGAAGCCACCGACACAGCCCGUCAGUGCCGGUCAGCUGUUGGUGCGAACGCCCCAGCAGCUCAACCAGACACUGGCCGAACCACCCCCACAGGAUAAGCAGUUGACGAAACGCUUCUUGCCCGAAAUAUCGCUGAACAGCUGCAGUCCCCGUCUGACGCUCAAGAACUGGUCCUAUGCCGUUGUUAGUUUCAGUCCUGAAAGCCAGUCAAAGCUGAUACAAAGACUGUCCACUAUGUUUGCCAAACAUGCGCAGGCAUCGAAAGAGGCGAAAGCCAGAAGCGAAUCCAGCAAAUAAAAUAUUCAUCAUGUUUAUGUUAUUGCUACAGUAUAGCAAUUUAUCUAUAAGUUCUAUGUUCUAUGAAGUUAUCAAAAUUUAUAUUUAUUUAUAAGAUGUACGUACAUUUAUCGCCAACCAUAAUCCGCCUUUAGUGCACUUUAAAAAACCUCCAUUAUCUGUAAAAAGAUUUAAAGCAAUAUCUUUACUUUUAGCUCAAACGGCAUCAGAGAUUUCUAUAGUUUAUAUCCAAAAAUUUCAAAAAGCGAGCAAUAAUAAAGCUUUGUUGAACAAACCAUCGAAUAAUCAUGUAUACAUAUA